GGCAAUAAUAACCGUAAGUCCACUUGAAUUUUCAUUGAAAACAUCUCCAAUGGCUGCAUUCACUAAUUGCAGUUUCUCUAGCGCCACUUCUCUUUCCAAUCCCACGUUCAAUAUAAAACCUCACCAACCCAUCAAUUCCCUUUCCUGCACUAACUUCUUCAAACCCAUUUCUUCCUCCAAUUCCUACCCUAGCUUCUCGCUUCCCAGGCAGAAAACUUCUCGAUCAAAAUUAGCAUUAUCGAAACGCGCGUAUCGACUAGUGGAGGUCGCUGCUUUGGUGGAUGACAAUUCUGAGACAUACCCAGAAGCUGAACCCAGCUAUUCGAAUACGGAUGCAACUAUUGACAUAGAAUUGCCAAGAAGGAGCUUGCUUGUGCAAUUUACUUGUAAUGAAUGUGGCGAAAGAACACAGAGGCUCAUAAACCGAUUAGCCUAUGAACGGGGGCUAGUUUAUGUUCAGUGUGCAGGAUGUGAGCGGUAUCACAAAUUAGCUGAUAACCUUGGUCUCGUAAUUGAGUAUAAUUUGCUAGAGGACAUAACUGCAGAAUCAAGUGCAGAUCAAGUUUGAUAAGUGAAUGAAUUUCAGUAUUUAUACAGUUUUCUUCUUUAUAUAGUUUUCUGUGGUUGUAAUUCAAACUUCAUCUUUAUUACAUGCCAUCUGUGUAAGAAUUGAAAAAAUACAAAAAUGUUGACAAUCCAUUGGCAUGCCUCUUGCAUCAUAAUCCUAUUUAUAUGAAUUUUUAAGUGA